UAGGCUUUACUAAAUAUUACAGGAGUAAUUAAUAUGUAGUAAAUGUAAAAAGUACUAAGUUCAAGUUGUAGCUGCAUAAUUAGCCCACCUCCAGUACUGGACAGGGGAACCUUAAGACUAGGAUGACACUCGCAGUCGGCGUCUCCUCAGGUGCGCUGACGCUUCGCCAUGCAUCGACAGCUGAUAAACAAAAUACGAAGUCGAAUGGGUUAUCUCACGACGAGGUGGUCAAGAAUAAUGAUCCGCUUGAAGAUGUGCCACCCCCUGUACGAUCCUGCACGACGAACAAGACGAAAAACUACAACGCGAAGCCUUCUAGUACGCGAAGCUCGUCCAACAAGGACGCCUUUCCCGCACUCUUCCUCAACCGGGGUAGCGCGUUUUUACUGCUGAUUUUGACGAGCUUGCAAAUUGUGGUUCUUUUGCACUAUCUGGGCACCAAGUCGACUGUCUUUCGCCUCCUGCGAUCCUCUAGGUGGUUGUUCUUUGGGCAAACGGGAAAGGAUCGCUCAAGAGGACUAUUCAUGAGAAACCCUAUCAGCACCUUACUUCCAGAACGGGAGAGUACUCGACAAGUAGAGCAGAGUAAACAAGAAGCAGCAAAAGUGUUGGACUUGGAGCAGUCGGACACUCCACCACUUCCGGAGCUGGUGCUAGAACUGGCAUUUUUAACGCUGGUUUACUCUACAUGGUUUCUCGUGUCGAAUGGAAUGUGGCUUUCCUCCUUUCGAUCAAGGCCAUGGUGGAACUCACUGAGGAAUAGACCUGGCUUCGUCUGUGCAAAUCAUCAAGCGGAAUUGAUUAUGUGCAGUACUUUGGCGCCGCGCCAUCUUUUGGCCGGAUUGCUUCACAUUUACGGGUAUCCGACUGGUGAUGUGGACUUCAUUCGGCAUGGCAUUUUGUGGGAGCCCGCUUUCAAUCUACAUGACUACAUCUGCAUCCUUUUCCGCUGCUUUCCGUACAACAAAUACUUCCGCGCGGAUCAUGCUCUCAGAAAAAUAGGAACUACAAAGGCUGUUGAGGUACCACCUCGCGGAACUUCUUCUACAACGACGACGACAGGAAAUGCACGGAUAAUCGUGUGGGUGACACGGCGAUUUCCUGGCGGUGUGUGGGCGUGUCUUGUCCACCAUUUUGGAGCCUUGUGCUUCGGUCUCUUUGCUAUCCGCAGUGAUCUUCUCUACCGCGAGGACAUGCAACGCAUCUGCAUCGCACCGGAGGCUGCUGCUGGUGUCGCUCUUGCCAUAUUGGCCUUUCAGUACACGUGUGAUUUUCGGACGCACAUUGUGCAUGUUUUCGUUGCGAAUGCUCUGAACACAGUGGUCUUCGGUGUCACUCGGGGUCUCGAGUUUCCUUAUUUCGCUCUUUCGCUUUUUGCGCACUUACUCCGGCCCACGGACUGGAGCCCCUUGAUGUUUGGAAAGGAUUUAGAUUUGUUUUGCAGCACCACGACGAGUUGGUCUGCUUCAUCUGCGUCUUCAGACCAGCAGAUCUUGCACCAGGAGAGUGCCUCAACGUCUUCCUCCCAUCUUCCACAGGAGACUACAAGAACAAUCAUGACAGCGCCGUAUCCAAUGGUGUUCACGCUGGGCGCUGGCUUGAGCAUACUCGGGUUUUCGAUUUUUAAUCUUUACGCAGGCUGGAAAUCUACCAAACGGGUACUUAAGAUCAAUACCAUGUUCGCCGAGCAAUACCUCACCCCAUGGCCCGUGACGCAGAAGGCUGUAUUAACCAUCACGCGGUGGUUGAAAACCGUGCUACCAAUCUAG